AUGGCCAGCCCAGACAUGACCGGCCCAGCCCAGCACAGAGUCGCAAAGGCCGCCAUCUCGUUCACGGGCGGAAAGGACAGCGUCCUCGCCCUUCAUCUCGUCCAUGCACAUCCCGAGCAGCACGACAGCGCCGCGGCUCUCAGUGUUGUCGGCCUGGUGACCUUCUCCCCCGCCGAAUCGACCAAGCCGUUCCUAUCGCACCCGAUCCCAUUCAUCCAGCUGCAAGCCGACUCCUUGGCCCUCCCCCACUCGGUCUCGCUGAUCUCGGACCCGUUCCUGGAAUCGUACUCGGAGCAGAUCAGGGCCCUCAACACCCGGCUCUCGAUCGAGCACCUCGUCACCGGCGAUAUCGAAGAUGUCUGCAACGGAUUCAUGACCCGGGCCGUCGAGCCCACGCCGGUCAAGCUCGUUACUCCGCUGUGGCAACGGCCCCGAUCGGCCCUCAUCCAGCAAUUCCGAGACUUUGAUAUGCGCAUCCUCGUCACCUGUGCCAACCUCCGGUUGAUGCGCGAGCCCUUGGCCCGCCGUCUGGUCGGCGCCGUGCUCACCGACGAUCUGUGGGACGAACUGCUCCGCGAAGAAGGCGUGGAUGCCUGUGGCGAGGGUGGUGAGUACCAUACCAUGGUCUUGGAUGCGACGCUCUUCCGCAAGCGCCUGGAGAUUGCCGAUGGUGAGCAGUGUGUGUCGGAUUGCGGGAACUAUCUGUACUUCCAACCGGGAACCAUCACUGCCGUCGAGAAGACUUAG